AUGAAUUUUGAAUUUGAGAGGGAGAUCGGGUUUAUAAAUAGCCAGCCUUCGCUCGCAGAGUGCCUGACGUCUCUUCCCGCUGUCCUGGAGACAUUUCAAACUUCAUCAAUCAAGGACUCGACAUUAAUUCCACCUCCUUUUGAGCAAACCCUCCUCAGCCUGAAUCCUUGUUCCAGCAGCCAGGCGAGAUCAAGAAGCCAAAAAAGAACAACCCAUGGCCUGGUCCAGCAGCGCCCAAUCCAGCUUGGCCCUUUGGCCGCAGAAUUCCCCUGGAUGAAAGAGAAGAAAUCAACCAAGAAAGCUGCCCAGGCUCCAUCCUCCUCUUCCUCUUCGCCAUCCUCUUCCUCCUUCCCGGGAUCUGCGGCUGGAUCUCCUGCAGACACCCAGGGGCUCCCAGAGACCAACGCGGGCGGCUCCCGGCGGCUCCGGACUGCCUACACCAACACGCAGCUCCUGGAGCUGGAGAAGGAAUUCCACUUCAACAAAUACCUGUGCAGGCCCCGUCGGGUGGAGAUCGCGGCGCUGCUGGACCUGACCGAACGGCAGGUCAAGGUGUGGUUUCAGAACCGCCGGAUGAAACACAAGCGGCAGACCCAGCACCAAGACCCCUCAGACGGGGACCUCGGCUACCCCAACCUGGAAGAAUGCAACGACGAGGCGGAGGAGAACUCCCCGUUUGGCCAAGCCCUGGAGACCCCCUGCCCUUUUCAAACCAAAACCCAGGCGAGCCAGGAGCCGCCCAGCACUCAGCAGCUGCCCGCAGAGCCCCAGAGCCCCGGUUACCCAACGCCCACCGCAGAGCCAGGGUCCAUAAUGGAGCCGAGCAGGGCAGCGGGCAGCGCGGACAAUGCCUUCCCGGAGAGGCAGGAGUCUCCUUUGUUGCCAGAUCUGAGCAUCUUCUCCACAGAUUCCAGCCUCCAGGGCUCCCUGCAGAGCCCCGUCCACUUCUCGGAGGAAGACCUGGACUUUUUUACAAGCACACUGUGUACUAUAGACCUGCAGCAUCUGAAUUUCCCAUAACAGUCCCACCCAGGUCUCUCUGCCUUGGCCGUGUCGCCCCUUUCACACGCACCUCCACCAGCCCCCCACUCGACACCAGACUAUUUCUAUCAUGGAGCCAUGUACUUUCUCAGACCCCGUCUCCCCUCGCCCCCGCCCCCUUUAAAAUUCGUUCUAAUGUGGAAGCUAGAUCAUAAGAAUGGUCCAUCCUUUAAACAGUGAUUCCCAUAGCCUCAAAAAAUAAAAGGAUCCUAUGUGUUUACUAAAUCAAGGUAUUUUAUUACACUUCUAUUCUUAUUUAUUUAAAAGAAAUAAACAAACAACCCCCCCGCACACACUCCACCCCUCACGCACACACCCGAGAGAAAACAUUUGUAAAUCCUUCAAGUGACUUUCUCAGGAAUCCGAACGAAACUUUUAGAUUUCUUAAUAAAAAUAAAUAAUAAGAAUGAAAAAAACCUGGAGGAAUUUUGUUUCCUCCUUUAAGUUUUAGAUCUAGACUAUUUAUUCAAAUCCUUUAAUAGUA